CGCAUCAGAGCAACGUACAAGGCAAAGAUAUGGUCCGUCAGAUUUUCCAUCACUUCGUCACCAAAGGGCCCUAACGGCAACCAUUCAUGCUCUGUUGCCGUGCCGGAAAGAUGUAGUUUGGAUGACUGUAGAAGUGCCAGUAACUAUCGCGUCUCUGAGCUAAGUGCUGCCCGCUCCUUGGCCGCUCAGCUGGUCAUUGCCGUGGCCUAUAUACAUCACCAGGGCUAUUGUCACGGAGACCUCCAUGUGGGCAAUAUACUUUUUCGUCUUCCGGCCUCAAUCGAAUAUGUAUCGGAAGGAAAACGCCACGGGCAUUUUCAUGGUCCCUGGACUCCCGAACCUGUCGUGCGAGUCGACAAGAAGCCGCUUGGCCCGGGUGUCCCCUCGCACGUCUACCGGCCCAUCUGGCUUGGAAUUCGCAGCGAUGAACUUACACUUCCAGAGGCUCGGUUACGACUGGCGGAUUUUGGAAUCGCAUUCAGGCCGGCAGAGGAAGCCAGGCUAAAACCGUUCGCCCCCCUCUACAGUAGAUCACCAGAAGCCUUGUUCAACCAGCAUAAGCCUUUCUCGUUUCCUUCAGAUAUCUGGAGUGUUGCACUUGCGCUCUGGGAUAUGAUGGGCCAGAGUAGUCUAAAUUCGGGCCUUCUGUUCGGCCACGACGAGAUAGUCGCUGACUUGAUGGAUUGGGAUAAAUGGGAGGACCGAUCAAGCUGGUACGAGGAAAACGGAGGCGAAUCCAGAGGGAGCAGGGACGCGUCUUGGACACUUGAUCGGCGGCUACAUCACAGCCAGAGGCCGCGGCAUGCACCGGGUGCCGAAGGCACGAGUGACGAUGAAACGGAUGCAUUCUGUAGUUUGAUCCGGUCAAUGCUUAAUUUCAGGCCCGGGCACCGUCCACAUGCCACGCAGGUCCUCGGGUUCAAGUGGAUACAAGACUGGGCGUUGAAUGACUACGAGAGGACGCUGAAGGAAGCAAGCCGGGUUAAGUGGCCACGAAAGCCUUGUGGCGCCCUCCUGAUAUCUGGGGUACUUUGGAUAACUCUGAUCGCUUAUUUAGCAUCAAAUCUUAUGUAA